UUCCCACCUAAAAUAAACCGCCAAGACGAGAAAGAAAACCAUUCAAAAAGCGAAAGCUAUCUUACAAUCGCACUAAAAUUCCCUUCCAUUUCAUUCUUCUCUUUGCUUCCACAAGAUCUUCAGGUUGAAAAAUGGCUGGCAAAGGCGGGAAGGGGCUUUUGGCUGCAAAGACUCCCGCAGCGAACAAAGAUAAGGAUAAGGACAAGAAGAAACCGAUCUCUCGGUCCUCCCGUGCUGGUAUACAGUUCCCUGUAGGACGAAUUCACAGGCAUCUUAAAACAAGAAUAUCUGCAAAUGGGCGAGUUGGUGCGACUGCUGCAGUGUACUUAGCAUCAAUUCUGGAGUAUCUCACCGCGGAAGUGCUCGAGUUGGCUGGAAAUGCGAGCAAGGAUCUGAAAGUGAAGAGAAUCACUCCAAGACACCUUCAGCUUGCCAUUAGAGGAGAUGAAGAACUCGAUACCCUGAUCAAAGGAACUAUUGCUGGAGGUGGUGUGAUUCCUCAUAUUCACAAAUCCCUCAUUAACAAAGCCUCCAAGGAUUGAGACAUUCACUUGUAUCUUUAACUAGUGUUUAGCUUAAUCUAGUGACUACUAAGACUGUAGAUGAAGACAUUUACUUGGCAUCCAAGAAUUAGCUCCCCCUACUUGCUUUUGUGAAGCUUUGUUACUUCCUUUCUCCCCCAUCUCUUUUGUCUAUUUGGUUGGACAAGUAUAUUUGUUCAAUGUAAGUUUGUUAUCUUGUUGUAUGGUUUUCAA